GCCGCCCCCGAAGGACGUGCCGGGUUUGCCGUGUUCGGCAGCAUCCCCGCGUUUCCUGCUCGAAGUGGGUGGCUGCCGGAGCAGAAAGUUUACGGCUGGCAGCUCCCACCUCGGGGUGUGUGGGAGGCUCGGCUCCUCUCCACCCCUUGCGGGCUGUCGGCAGCGGCUGGCUCCGAACGGCACGGUCUUCCCGGACUGGGACAGAGAGGAGAAGCAGCGAUCCCUGCAUGGCGCUGGUUACUGUCUGCCGAUCUCCUUCGGGCAGCGGCCACUCUACGCCCACCGGCUGCAAGGAUGAAGAUCUUCCCAGGAAGAGACAGCUGCAACGACGACACAGCUUCGUCAUGGUCAAAGGAGCUGCUCUUCUUCUACAAGAAGAAGAAAAACUUGAGGCUCUGCAGGAGAGUCCAGCCCCUUCAGACCAUAAACAGAGCGGGAAUGCUGCAGGACAGCAGGAGCUGCACUUACAACAGCUGGUGGGGCUGCUACGGCCAGAAGAUACCAUCCGGCUGGCUGUGAGGCUGGAGUCAGCUCGAAUUAAUAGAAUCCGAUACCUGCUGGUGGUGUCAGCAUUGGAGAUGGAGGGCAAGAGUGAGAUGGUGCUGCUUGGAGUGGACUUUCCUGAAGAAGGCUCAGCUGCCUGCACGCUGGGAAUGGUGCUGCCACUCUGGAGUGACACCCAGGUCUUUCUUGAUGGUGAUGGGGGAUUCAGUGUGACAUCUGGGGGGCAGACACGUAUCUUUAAGCCCAUUUCUGUCCAGACUAUGUGGUCAGCGCUGCAAGUGCUGCACAAGGCAUGCAGUGAAGCAGUCUGCAACAAUAAUUUCCCAGGUGGCAGUGCAUUGAGCUGGACUGAGUGGUACCAGAAGGCGGUGACUUCUGAGCAAAGUUGUAUUAAUGAGUGGCUGGCCAUGUCUGACCUGGAGUCUGUGCGGCCCAGUUCUCCUGCAGUCUCCUCUGACCAGCCGACAGCUCAGGAGAUGACAGAGCGGAUGAUCCGGGCCAAGCUGCGUGAGGUGAUGGCCACCACUGACCUGGAGAACAUCACCUCCAAGGAGAUCCGCACAGAACUAGAGUGCCGGGUUGGUUGCCGCCUGGAGGACUACAAGGAAUUCAUUGAUAAUGAGAUGCUGCUCAUUAUGGCUCAGAUGGAUCGACCAUCCAGGAUCUUUGACCAUCUCUAUCUGGGCUCUGAAUGGAAUGCAGCCAACUUUGAGGAGCUUCAAAGGAACAAUGUCAGCCACAUCCUCAAUGUAACCCGUGAGAUUGACAACUUCUUCCCAGAGCAUUUCAUGUACAUGAAUGUGCGGCUCUAUGAUGAAGAGACAGCACAGCUGCUGCCGCACUGGAAGGAAACCUACAGCUUCGUUUCAGCUGUCCGGGCACAAGGCUUGCGAGUGCUGGUGCACUGCAAGAUGGGCGUGAGUCGCUCUGCCUCUACAGUGAUUGCCUACAUUAUGAAGGAGUAUGGCUGGUCACUGGAACGAGCUCUCUGCCACGUACGUGAGCGGCGUCCAAUCGUUCAUCCUAAUCCAGGCUUCAUGAGACAACUGGAGCUUUACCAGGGUAUCCUGGAUGCCAGCCGACAUAGCAGCCUAUGGGAACAAAAGGUGGAGGAUGCACAGUCAGAAGGAUCUUCAGAUAUAAGUGAUGCCAGCAGUGAUCCUUCCGGAAGCCCAGGCUAUGAGACAAUAAGCUCAGAAGAAGAACCAGAAGAGACAGUGACAAGCCCCCAGUAUUGCUUUCGACCUCUGCGGGAACCUCCAGAAGAACCCAGCUGGCCUGUAGACCCACUUGAUGACACCCAACAUAGUCUUCUGGAGACAGAAGAACCUGGGGCUUCAGAUGACUCCGGGGCUGAGGAAGUGCGAAGACACCUGGCUACAGUGAGAGUAUCAGCGCAGUCAGUCCAGCCCCGACGAGAGCGUAUUAACCUCUAUGCAGUCAUGCGCAGCAUCAGUGAGAUGGAUAGUCCAGAACACAUCCCUGAGCCAGAGUGUACCACAGAAGAAGAGGUAUUUCUUCAUUCUGAGAGGAAAACCCCUGCCACUUCUGAGUCAUCCCCCUCAAAUGAAAAUAAAUUGCGAUCAACAACAGUCUCUACAGCAAAACAGGGAAUACUGGAAAGAGAACGAGCUCCGUGUCACAAGCCCGGGCGCCAUGGUCGUAAGGCUCCUAAGGGCCAUUCGCAGCUGUGCAAGCAGCUGUCAUACCAUCCAGCAAAAGGCAGAGUGCGUAAAGCUGUCAGGCGCAUGGAAGGCCCUAUCCCAUUCUGCCGCAAGCCCCCUUUACAGCACCGCCUCUCUGUGGCCCAGCUGGCUGAUGCUGCCCUGGUGGUGAGCCGAGCCAAGGAGUUUGAGGGACCCACAAAUCCUGAAAGCCCUGCUGAGCUCCAGUCGCCUUCUCUACUACAAGAGCCCCAAGCUGGUGAAGACAAUGUCCUCAAGCCUGUGCCUACUUCUCAAUCCCGGCGGAUGGUGCGCCAGGCCAGUAUAGACAUGGAUCCGAGCUCAGGGUGAAGACUUGCCUCUGCUUUCCUCCCUAUAUAAUGUUGUUAAGUAGAGUGAUUCAUGGAGCCCAGAAGCCAAACAGAGGAUUGUUCCACGGUGUGAGGUCUUCUUUCCUCUGCCUUGAAGCUAUAGCCUCAUAUUGUCCUAGGAGCCAGUAUCUGCCUAAGAGAAGGACAGCAGGGAGGAAAGGAAAUCAGCCUACCAGAAGAUCACAGCCACCUUGCAAAGCCGCCUCCACAUUGUUCCAUGGAUAAUGGGCCAGAAAAGAACCAUUGCUGGGGGGCGGGGGAGGGGGGGCGGCUCACUCUGUCCACUUGUUUCAGGCCUCAUUGAACAUUGCACAGCUCCACAUUAGGUGCCAAGUUCUGCGAUACAGGCCACUUUUUAUUGUUCUUUCAGUUUGCUGUAAUGCCACAGAGCACUUCUUUGUGGAGCAGCGCUAAAGUAGUAGCCUCUCACUGUGAUCCACUGGGGAAGAAACUGUCCCUGCUCAUUUUUGCACACACAGCUACUGUGCCAAUGCCAGCUUCACUCAACCUGAGAAUAAACUCAGUUUUCCACUUG